GCCAUCGGUUGCGUGACCGCCGAACUGCAGCGCGGGGAAGCCCUGUGGCCGGGAAAGUCUGACGUGGAUCAGCUGUAUCUAAUACGAAAGACCGUGGGCGAUCUGAUGCCCCGACAUAUGACUGUGUUUAAAACUAAUGAGUUUUUCGCGGGCGUCACUCUCCCAGAGCCCGAGACUCACGAGCCCUUGGAGUCGAAAAUACCCAAACAGAUCGAGGAGUCGGGUAUGGAUUUCCUGCGCAAAUGCCUCGAUAAGGACCCACAGAAGCGACCCGUUUGUGACGUACUCUUACGGCACCCGUAUUUCAUAAAUGUCAAAAUUCCCGAAAUCGAGUCCACAGCCGAAGACACGAAUCACACAAAGUUUCGACAGAGAUCUAAGUACGGACAGUCGAUUCUACCAACACUGACGGGUAAAAGUGGUACACCAGACAUACGGUCCGUACAGUUGCACUCCCGGACUGUCAACAAUAACAACAACAACAUUAACCGUAAUAUCGGACCCAUUCAUCAGAACUCUCUCGAUCGCAACGACAACUACGGCCUCAUCCGCACCACUCGUUUCGAGCAUUUGCCCAAUAUAUGAAUGCAUUCUAACAUGUUUUUAAAAUAUGUUUUCAAUUUAUGUGGACUAUUCAAAAUAAUUACAACAAAAUAACAC